UUUUUGCCUACUUCUUUCUUAUUCCAUGGUUCAUCAUUGUCUUCAGCUAUGGCGCCUCAUUUUAUCAAUGUUGAAACCUUGUAUUCUCAAGAUGAAAAUCUAAAGAAAAAAGAAGUAAACGAAUUAAUAGCAUGGACAGACCAGCAAAAACAUCUGCCUAAAAUCAACGAAAUCCAAGCGAUUUUGUUUCUUCGAAGAUGCAACUACCAAAGUGAAGCUUCCAAAACCUUGAUUGAUUUAUACUUCACUGUUAAGACUUUGUGCCCUGAACUGUUUUCAGGAAAAAAUCCUUUAAAUUCGCCAUUGAAAGAAUACUUGGACGUAAUACUUAUUACUGAUCUGAGCAAAACAACACCCGAAGACUACACCAUUAUCUUUGGUAAAAUUACAAGUGCGAAUCCAAGCGAGUUUAAUAUUUCCUUGGGAGCGAAAUAUUUGGACAUGGUUACUAUGUCGACUAUUUAUCAAAAAACACCUUCCAAAGGAUAUCUACUUGUUGUCGAUUUGACGGAAUUUACUCUGGAGGUUUUGGCAAACAUGGAUCUUGUCGUUCUUAAAAAAACCCUUUUCUACAUGCAAAAAUGUUUGCUACUGAACUGGAAAGGUAUACAUUUUUUCAACAAUGCGCCGAUUGGUAAUCGAUUCCUUGGAAUGCUCAAACCUUUUCUGGACGAAUUUCAAAACAUUAUACAUUUGCACGAUUCCGUCGACGAUUUAAUCAAAUAUGUUCCAAGAGACUGCUUGCCUGAAAAUUAUGGCGGUUUGGAGGACAGUGUCUCGGUGUUGCAAGAAAAAAUUAAGACAAAGUUGGGUGAAAACGUCGCCUUGUUUGACUGGGAAGAAGAACAAAAAGUGGACGAAAGUAAGCGGUCUGGCGGACCCAAGACAGUCAACGACGUUUUCGGAGUUGAAGGAACUUUCAAGAAAUUAGAACUGGACUAAAAUUUUUGGUUACAAUAAAUUGUUACCACAGUAAUAA